AUGUACCUCCGCGCCGCCCACGCCGAGCGCCACAUCCCCACCCUCCGCGCCUUCAUCCGCGACAACCCCCUCGGCAUCUUCACCACGGCCAUCGACUCCCCCUCGUUCCCUUUCCUCCAAUCCAGCCACAUCCCCUUCGUCCUCGACGUGCAAGACGACGCCAGCGAAACCGAACUCGGCGUGCUGCGCGGCCACAUGGCGCGGGCGAACCCGCAAGCGAAGGCGUUGAUGGAGCACCUGAAAGCCACGUCGGCCGCCGCUGCCUCACCCGACGCCGCUGCGCUCCCGCAACAGCUGUCCCGGGACGUAAUGAUCCUCUUCAACGCGCCCGCGCACCACUACGUCACGCCGAAGUUCUACACCGCCACCAAGCCCGCGACGGGCAAGGUCGUCCCGACGUGGAACUACGCGGCGGUGCAGGCGUACGGGCGGGCCACCGUCUACUUCGACAGCAAAGCCGCGUCGACGGAAGCGUUUCUGGCGAAGCAGGUGGCGGAGCUCUCGCAGCUGUCGGAGACGCGGAUUAUGGGGUACGAGAAGCCGUGGAAGGUGGAUGAUGCGCCCAAGGCGUAUACGGAUGCGUUGAAGAAGGCGAUUAUCGGGAUCGAGAUUGAGAUUACGGACUUGGGGGGCAAGUGGAAGAUGAGUCAGGAGAUGGGGGUGGGGGAUAGGCAGGGGGUUGUGGAGGGGUUUGAGGCGUUGGGGACGGAGGUGGGGGGGAAGGUUGCGGGGAUGGUGAGGGAGAGGGGGGUGUGGGAGUAG